AUGUCUGAUCCAUUUUCAAUCAACGGAGGAGCAGCAGUUGCCAUGAUAGGCAAGGAUUGCGUCGCCAUUGCCAGCGACUUGCGGCUCGGUUCGCAAUCGUUGGGAGUCUCCAACCAUUUUGAAAAGAUUUUCGAAUUUGGCUCUAAGCUGUAUAUGGCCUUGACGGGCUUAGCUACUGAUGUCACGACGCUUUCCGAAUUGUUCAAAUUCAAGACUAAUUUGUACAAGUUGCGAGAAGAACACGCGAUUGAGCCGCUGACUUUGGCGAAUCUUGUCUCUUCGACGUUGUAUGAGCGGAGGUUUGGACCGUGGUUCGUGGGGCCCAUCGUGGCUGGAUUGAGCAAUAAGGAUAACAAGCCCUUUAUUUGCGGGUUUGAUAGUAUUGGAUGUAUUGAUUAUUCGCAAGAUUUCAUCGUGCUGGGCACUGCUACAGACCAAUUGUAUGGAAUGUGCGAAGGGUUAUGGGAGCCCGGGUUGGAGCCCGAGGACUUGUUUGAGACUAUCAGCCAGGCGUUAUUGAAUGCUGUUGAUCGUGAUGCGUUGAGUGGAUGGGGGUGUGUUGUUUAUAUCAUUACAAAGGAUAAGGUUGUUAAGAGGACGUUGAAGACCAGGCAGGAUUAG